AUGUUGAAGAUGAUCCAGUUUCUUGUACUAACACUUGUGGUGAUCUCUCCUCCGAUCUCUAUUUACGCAGACAAAGACCUGAUGAUAAAUGAAUGCCACAAUGCACCAGUCCCAUCCACAUGCAUGCAAUGUCUCGAAUCCGACCAAACCUCCCUUCAUGCCGACCCUCAUGGCAUCGCCGGCAUAGUCCUAAACUGCCUCGACUCUCACCUCCAUAUCCUCACCAAGCAAAAACGUUACGGAGCUAUUGGCAAAGAAACAAAAAGGUGUUGCAAUCAAGACAGCUCUUGUGGGUUGCAAGAAGGACUUGUCAAGUGCACUUAA